UACAUCCGGAAGAAACCGGAAGCAACCGGCAGUGAGUUUCACAUGCGCCAGACGCGUUCAGCAGUUGACCAGCGUGUCGGGGUUUUUAUUUCGAUGUACCAAACAGCAAGAUCCAGAAUACGUUUUGGCUUUUGUGAAAGUUUUUUGGAACAGGGGAUUUUAGAGAUCAUCAAAGAUGUCGAAGGCAACCAAGCGCAAACAUGUGGUCAAGGAAGUCCUGGAGGACUACAUCACACCUAACGAGCAGCAGCAGAUUAUGAGGAUUAUGGGAAGCAAUGGCAAUAACCUCCAUCAGGCUGUGACUGAGAGUGGCGAGAAAUUUCUGCUCAGCAUGCCCACGAAGUUUCGCAAGAACAUCUGGAUCAAAAGAGGUGAUUUUGUGAUUGUAGAUCCUAUUGAGGAAGGUGAUAAGGUGAAAGGAGAGAUCAGCUUCAUUCUGUAUAGGGACCACAUUGACUACUUGAGGAAACUUAACAUCUGGCCUACCGGAUUCGAGGUGGCUGGUGGAAAGGAGCAGAUUCAGAAAAAAGCACAGAGAGAUGAUACUAAAAGUAAAGAGGAAAAUGAAGAGGACGAGUGCAGCAGCAGUGACUCUGAGGAUGACCGGGACCUUUUUGUAAACACAAACAGAACCAAUGUGCAGUACAGUGAGAGCGAUGACUCGGAUAAAGAUGAGGAAGAGGAGCAUGAAGAUUAGGAAGAACAGAAGCUUUCAUUAAUUCUGCACAUCUCAAAGAUUUUUGAAUAAACAUUAUGUACCUUCAAUUUAAA